ACCCGGGGCUGCGCCAUGGCCGCGCCUCCCUCACGGCCCGGCCCCGCCCUCCCGCGCUCUCGCGAGACCUCGCGCGCCGUAGAUAUCUCCCGGCAUGCCUCGCCCCGCCUUUCUCUCCCGCUGCCCAAGAUGCCGAAAGGAAAGAAGGCCAAGGGCAAGAAGGUGGCACCGGCCCCUGCUGUAGUCAAGAAGCAGGAGGCCAAGAAGGUUGUUAAUCCCCUCUUUGAGAAGAGGCCCAAGAACUUUGGCAUUGGACAGGAUAUCCAGCCCAAGCGUGACCUCACGCGGUUUGUGAAAUGGCCGCGCUACAUUCGGCUGCAGCGCCAGAGGUCCAUCCUCUACAAACGCCUCAAGGUGCCUCCUGCCAUCAACCAGUUCACCCAGGCCCUGGACCGCCAGACAGCCACGCAGCUCCUGAAGCUGGCACACAAAUACAGGCCUGAAAACAAGCAAGAGAAGAAGCAGAGGCUGCUGGCUCGUGCUGAGCAGAAGGCUGCAGGGAAGGGAGAUACUCCAACCAAGCGGCCGCCCGUGCUCCGAGCAGGUAUCAAUACUGUCACAACUCUGGUGGAGAACAAGAAAGCUCAGCUUGUUGUUAUUGCCCACGAUGUAGACCCCAUUGAGCUGGUGGUUUUCCUGCCAGCCCUGUGCCGGAAGAUGGGAGUUCCCUACUGCAUCAUCAAGGGCAAAGCCAGGCUGGGCAGGCUGGUCCACAGGAAGACCUGCACCUCCGUGGCCUUCACCCAGGUUAACCCGGAGGAUAAGGGAGCACUUGCAAAGCUGGUGGAGGCUGUCAAGACCAACUACAAUGACAGAUAUGAUGAGAUCCGUCGCCACUGGGGCGGGAAUGUCCUGGGUCCAAAAUCGGUGGCGCGCAUCGCGAAGCUGGAAAAAGCCAAGGCCAAAGAGCUGGCCACAAAGCUGGGCUGAAGAUGUACUGCAUUGCACCAUGUUCUCUGUACAUAAUAAACCCAGCUGUUUCAGUG